UCUCCUCCCCUCCCCUCCUCGGCUCCAGACUUGCGGCCGUUUCCCCUCGAUCCGAGCAUCUUCUCGGCUCUCCUCGCCUCGGAGCCCUGCUGCUGCCGCCGCCGGCCUGCCUGGCCCCCCACGAGACAGGCCGCCUCUCCCCCCUGCCUCUGCAACUCUUCUGAACAUGCCGGUAACUCGCUCGAAGUCCGUGGGCAACACCAGCGCCCUGACCUCUCAGCUGGGCAUCAUCCGUAUCUUGGAAGCAAUCUUCACCUGUGUGGCCUUCAGCCUUGUGGCCCACGAGGGUCGCACAUAUGGGGACCAUCAUUAUGGUGACUGGUGCAUGUUCUCAUGGUGUUUUUGCUUCGCUGUCACGAUUGUCAUCUUGCUCGUGGAGUUUGUCGGUCUUCAGCACCGCGUGCCAGUCUCCUGGAAGAAUUUCCCCAUCACUUUUGCCAUGUACGCCACCUUGCUGUGCCUUUCUGCCUCGGUUAUCUACCCAGUCGCCUUCAUCCAGAAGUCACAUCCCGGUCGUGAAGAACGCGGGUACCGCAUUGCUGCGACGGUCUUCUCCUGCCUCUCUUGCUUGGCCUACUCCAUUGAGGUCAUCAUGACCAAAGCCAAACCGGGAGAAGUCACAGGCUACAUGGCCACCGUCCCUGGACUCCUCAAGGUGGUGGAGACCUUCAUUGCCUGCAUCAUCUUUGUCUUCCUCAAUAAGGAUGAUUACGAGAGGGAUGGUGCUCUCAAGUGGUGCCUGGCAGUGUACUGCAUCUGUUUCAUCCUCUCGCUGGUCGUCAUCAUCCUCUGCAUCGGCGAAUGCACUGGCUGGCUGCCGUGCGCGUUCAACAAGUUCCUUAGCGGCUACACCUUCUUCGCCGUGCUCAUGUAUGCCACAGCCACCAUCAUUUGGCCCAUCUAUCACUUUGACAAAAAGCACGGGGGACAGCCCACUCGAUAUUGUCGUGGAGACUAUUUCUGUGAGUGGGACAAAUACGUCACCAUAGCUGUCCUGACGGCCCUCAAUCUGUUGGUGUACCUUGCUGACCUGGUGUAUUCUGCACGACUGAUAUUCAUCCAAGGGUAGAUAGUGCAGGUGGCAGUGAGCAGCUGGGCAGAAAAGCUCAGGAGGAGGGAGAGAGGAAUGAAAACAGAAAGGGAAGGGAAUAAAAAUGUUUGUGGGCCUGUUCCCCCUUGCGUUUUCACGUUUCUCUCUCUCGGCCAUCAACUCUCUACUCCCCUCCCCCCACCUUUGAUGUCCACACUUACCCCUUUUCUGUCUCACAUUCCUCCUUUCCAACAUUCCCAAGACCACCUUUUUGUAUCAUCAGCCACCAUUCGCUUCCCAGGUGCUUGUUCCUCUCAUUUCUUUGCCGUAUCCUCUCGAAUCUCCACAGACUCCUCACCCAUCGUUUCCUUUGGCCUGGUUCCCCCAUUUGUCACUUGUUGCAUGGUGGCGCAUGCGUGUCUUUCCCUCUUGCUCGUUGCCCUGCUUCCUCCUAUGCCUUGUCAUUUUCUAAAACAUUUGAAUGUAUACUUUUUGCUCUUUCUUAACAUCUCCCCUGGCAACUAGCUAAGGGACUCAAGAUAUAGGGGCAUAAAGAGCGGGACUGCCUUCUUGGUGGAGGGGCAUAUGCAUAUAUCGGGAGGGAGGGGAAGUUGUGGGAAUCAUUAGCUUUGAGUGCCAGGACAGCUCCUUACUUACACUCCUUUCCUCGCCUCUCUGCAAGCACUUCGUUUUUGAAUGUAUGCCUUCCAGAAUCUCCCUUGCACAUCUGUUGCCCAGUCCAUGGGUGGCCCUUUCUCCUCCGUGAUGCACACACGCCUUCAAUGUUUGUGCUAGCCACCACGUGUUUCUGGCCCUUGUGACAGCUCUCUGUCCAGUCUGCUAGCUUGUUGUCCUUCUGUUGAUCUGCUUUGUGAGUGAGGAGUCUAGGAGAGAUCUCUGACCCAAUACGGAUGUGUGUAUGAGAAGUCUCCUCCAAAUUUUCCUGUUCCCCAAUGGGAGGGGACCCUAGAUUAGGAUGAGAGGGCGAGGCGUGUGCUGGAGUCUCCGGAGCAACCUAUGUUUUGGGAAAGGAGAGUGGAGAGAACUCCCCUGUAAAGAGCAUAUUUGUCUGGUAGUAAAAAAGAAAUAGCUUUCAUGUUAGAGAUUUAAAAGUAGUGAGUUUAUCUUCACACUAUGCAAAAAAAGCUAUGUUUUUCUCUCUGUACUGAAUGCACUUCUUAGUUAUUAAUGAAUGCAAUUAAGAUAUCUACUUGCUGAUGUCUCAAAUCCAAAGAGAUAAUUUGCUAUGGCAAUUCUCUCAUCCAGGCCUUGUUGAAAUGGAUGGAGAGUGUAUAGAAACAGUGUUACAGGGCUAGAUUUCAAUAAGCUUCCUUUGCCAACCUGAGGAAGAGCUUCAUCUAUGGUUAGAGGACACUUUCCAAAUACUGGUUAUGGAUGAUUUUUAAAAAAUCCAUAGCUUAGUGGGCCUUAUAAGUGUUCACUUUCUCAAGAGAAACUGUUUGUGCAAGAAAGCCAUAUAAUUCUUAAAAGUGUAUAGGUCAGAUCCUAUGUCUAACAAGUCUUUGUCCCAACCGAGGGAGACUUCCUUCAACUAAGAGACUAUUUUCUAUCAGAAAAAGUCAUUCUCCAUUGGAGGAAAUCUUUCUCCCUAGAAAAAGGCUUAACAAAACAAGUUACAGGAUCCAGCUUAGCUGAAAGAUCUAUUCCUAGGCAUGAGAGCAGUUAAUUCCUGCAGUGCCUUAAUUCUUAAAGGGGAGUCCAGUGGCAUAUCAAGCAAAACAAACAGUGUUUUACGGGAGGCUAAAAACAAAGUAAUCGGUUUCAAGGCCAAUGAUAUGCCACUGCCAUGCUGAAAAACUGCACCUGGCUUGUACUAUUUAAGAUUAAAAAGCUUUGCCUGUGUGGUUCUUAAAGGGCACGUGUUCAGUGUAUUACAGUAAAAUAUUAAUUAAAAGGAAUUGUGCCAUUAACUUUUGGGGGAAACCUUCUUAGUAAAAUGAGAACAAACCUUUGCCUUCAAGUGUCUUAAAGAAAUCUGCUUUAAUUUUUUUUUUGCUGAUAAACCAAUACAAUUGAAAACAUAUUCAGCAAAGUGUUAAAUGUAUGACUUUCAAUUUGAGUUUGUGUUUUUUUGCCAAUACAGUCAUUUUAAAAAAUCAUUCUAGAGGACUUGACAUUAGAAAUAAUAUUGCUUCCCCCUUAAUACCCUUACAAAACAUUGCUCUCUUCUGUUCUGUUGAAGCACUAGUGUUGAUUUCUAUGUAUUUUUUAAAAAGUACCAUUCUGUUUUCAUAUUUACUGCCUUCUAGAUGUCAAAAUAUAGUUUCAGGUAGGUAGCUGCGUUGGUGCCACUGGACUCAAAUUCCACCAAAAUAUAGAUUUCUUCUGUCCAUUUCAGUUUCAAUGUGGUGCUGUUGUUUGUGAGCCUGUGUUUUAUAUAUGCAAACAAAUAGAAAUGUAUAAAAUAAAGGAGCAAUGAAAUACUAAA